AUGGAGAAUUCUUUUCUCAACACCCCAGCGGAUGCGCUGGACCACUUCAAUGUUCUGGAAAAAGCAGGUCUGUCGGAAGAUGCCGUGCUGAAAUCUAGACAGAAGUAUGGACCCAAUGCUCUUCCUGAAGACCCCCCGACCCCUCUAUGGGAAUUGAUAUUGGAGCAAUUCAAGGACCAACUGGUCCUCAUUCUGCUGGCCUCUGCUGCUAUCUCCUUUGUUUUGGCUCUGUUCGAAGAAAGCGAUGACUGGACUGCCUUCGUAGACCCGGCUGUUAUCCUUACCAUUCUGAUCCUCAACGCGGUGGUCGGUGUGACUCAAGAAAGCAGCGCCGAGAAGGCGAUUGCAGCACUCCAGGAAUAUUCGGCCAACGAGGCUAAGGUCGUGCGUGAUGGGAAGCCCCAACGUGUCAAGGCUGAGGAUCUGGUACCUGGUGAUGUGAUCCACAUUGCCGUUGGUGACCGGGUCCCCGCUGAUUGCCGUCUGCUCUCUAUUCACAGCAACAGCUUCCGGGUUGACCAGGCUAUCUUGACUGGCGAGAGUGAGAGUGUCGGCAAGGAAACUCGCGCUGUCAAUGACCCCCAGGCUGUCAAGCAGGAACAGGUGAACAUGCUUUUCUCGGGUACCACCGUGGUCAAUGGCCAUGCCACUGCCCUGGUUGUCUUGACUGGUGGAUCGACUGCCAUUGGUGACAUUCACGAUAGCAUUACUUCUCAGAUCUCGGAGCCAACCCCAUUGAAGCAGAAGCUGAAUGACUUUGGUGACAUGUUGGCCAAGGUGAUCACGGUCAUCUGUGUCCUGGUUUGGCUUAUCAACAUUGAACACUUCAACGACCCCUCCUUUGGUGGAUCUUGGACCAAGGGGGCUAUUUACUACCUGAAGAUUGCCGUCUCUCUCGGUGUUGCCGCUAUUCCUGAGGGUCUCGCUGUGGUCAUCACCACCUGCUUGGCUCUUGGAACUCGUAAGAUGGCCCAGAAAAACGCAGUUGUCCGAUCCCUGCCCUCGGUGGAAACCCUGGGUAGCUGCAGUGUGAUAUGCUCCGACAAGACAGGAACCCUGACCACCAACCAGAUGAGUGUGGAGAAGGUCGUUUACCUGGCUAGCUCCGGUGAAGGAGUUGAGGAAAUUGAUGUGGAAGGUACCACUUUCACCCCAGAGGGCAAGCUGUCCCGCAAUGGCAAAGUGGUUGAAAACCUGGCUGUUAUCUCCUCUACUAUCCGUCAGCUCGCUGAAGUUACCGCUAUUUGCAACGCCGCUACCCUCUCCUAUGAUGCUAAGACCCGUACCUUCUCCAACAUUGGCGAACCCACAGAGGCAGCCCUCCGUGCCUUGACCGAGAAGAUUGGUACCAGCGACGCCGCCGAGAACAAGAAACUUUUCAGCCUUCCAGCUUCUGAGAGACUGCACCUCGCAAGCUCGCACUACGAAUCCCGUCUUCCUCUCCAGGCCACCUAUGAGUUCUCCCGUGACCGUAAGAGCAUGUCCGUUCUUGUUGGCCAAGGCAAAGAGCAGAAGCUUCUGGUCAAGGGCGCCCCUGAAUCGAUUUUGGAACGCUGCUCUCAUGUUUUACAAGGCUCCGAAGGAUCACGGGUGCCUCUUUCCAGAAAACACGUCAAGCUGCUUUCUGAGCAGGUGGUCGAAUAUGGUAACAAGGGUCUCCGCGUCAUGGCUAUCGCAAGUGUGAGUGAUAUUUCUGGCAACACACUACUGCAGAACGCUACCUCCACCGAGGAUUAUGCCAAGCUUGAGCAGAAUAUGACACUAAUUGGUCUUGUUGGUAUGCUGGACCCCCUUCGCCCUGAAGUUGCUGCUUCCAUCAAGAAAUGUAAAGAUGCUGGUAUUCGUGUCAUUGUCAUUACUGGUGAUAGCCCGAACACUGCCGAGUCCAUCUGUCGUCAGAUUGGUAUCUUCGGACCCAAUGAGGAUCUCAUUGGCAAGAGCUUUACUGGCCGGGAAUUUGACAAUCUCAGCGAGGGUGAGAAGAUUAAGGCGGUUGAGACCGCGUCCCUGUUCUCCCGCACUGAGCCUACCCACAAGUCCAAGUUGGUUGAUCUUCUUCAGUCCAUGAACCAUGUGGUUGCCAUGACUGGUGACGGUGUCAACGAUGCUCCCGCGCUCAAGAAGUCCGAUAUUGGCGUUGCUAUGGGCACUGGUACUGAUGUGGCCAAGCUUGCUGCCGACAUGGUUCUGGCAGAUGACAACUUCGCCACUAUCACCAUCGCUGUCGAGGAAGGUCGAUCUAUUUACAGCAACACCCAGCAGUUCAUCCGGUACCUUAUCUCAUCGAACAUUGGUGAGGUCGUGUCUAUUUUCCUCACCGCCGCCCUAGGCAUGCCCGAGGCCCUGGUUCCUGUUCAACUCCUGUGGGUCAACCUUGUUACCGACGGUCUGCCGGCUACUGCUCUGUCCUUCAACCCUCCCGACCACGAUGUCAUGAAACGCCGUCCUCGUGGCCGUGAUGAGCCGCUUGUGGGUGGCUGGCUCUUGUUCCGCUACAUGGUCAUUGGUACCUACGUGGGUGCUGCUACUGUUUUCGGCUAUGUUUGGUGGUUCUUGUACAACCCCGAGGGCCCGCAGAUCACCUACUUCCAGCUGUCGCACUUCCACCGCUGCUCGUCGCAGUUCCCUGAAAUCGGCUGUGAGAUGUUCAGCAACGAUAUGGCCAAGUCUGCAUCGACUGUGUCUCUUUCCAUCCUUGUGGUCAUUGAGAUGCUGAAUGCGAUGAACGCCCUGUCAUCCAGCGAAUCUCUCUUUACCUUCUUCCUGCACAACAACCCGAUGCUGAUCUACGCCAUCACUCUCUCCAUGGCCCUUCACUUUGCCAUUCUCUACAUUCCUUUCCUCGCGUCGCUUUUCGCAAUCAUCCCUCUGAACUGGACUGAAUGGCAGGCUGUUUUGGUGAUCAGUGCUCCUGUAAUCGUGAUCGACGAAAUUCUCAAGCUUGUGGAGCGCCGUUUGGACACUUCGCAUGUUGUGAAUGCCCCAGUAGCCCAGAAUGGCGCUGCCAGCAAGCCCAAGAGCGCUUAA